ACCCCAUUCGAUAGAGUACCCCAACUAAUUAGACCAACCAAUACACCAUGAUUUUCUAUUGCUUUCUUUCCUUUCUUUUAUUUUUGAUCAUCCCAAGCAAGAUUCAGAAAAUUCAGGCUUUCAAAUUGACAUUGUUCAGAGUUCAAAGACCAAGAAGAGAGAUCACAAGCAUAGAGCAGUUGCCACAAGAAUUGGUAUCAAAUAUACUCUCACGGUUGCAAGCUAAAGAGUUGGUGAAAUGCAAGUCCGUUUGCAAAUCCUGGUUCAAUCUCAUAUAUGAUCCCUAUUUUGCUGCCAGUUACUAUGCUUUCUACAACAAUCUCAAGCAACAAGAGGAGCCUCUCUUUGUCAUUCGAAGACCCUUUCAUUCAAGCCUCAAAACUUGCAUUUCAUUGCUUUCUUGUAAUGUCAAUCAUCCUAAAAAGCAUGUUUCCUCUGAACUUCUAAACCCUCCCUCUAAAUACAAUUGUAACCACACAUACUGGACUGAAAUCAUGGGCCCUUGCAAUGGCAUAUACUUUCUAAAAGGCGAACCAAAUGUCCUCAUGAACCCUUCUUUGAGACAGUUUAAGGCUUUGCCUGAAUCCCAUUUGUCCAAUUCAGAUGACACUUAUUCUUUCAAGAAUUAUGCUGAGUUUGGGUUUGACCCGAAAACCAAUGACUACAAAGUCAUUGUGAUCAUGGACCUCUGGUUUGCGAAUGCAGAACGACAAAUUGGGAAUUGGACAGCAGAGUUAUACAGCCUCAAUUCCAACUCUUGGAGAAAUAUUGAUCUUGUUGUCCCACUUCCCUUCCAAAUAUAUGACUAUUCUCAGGUUUACACUCAUGUGAACAAUUGUUGUUACUGGUUCGGCUUUGUUGAAGAGUAUGGUGUAAAAAAGGAUGUUGUUCUUGCAUUUGACAUGAUCACCGAAGUCUUCAGAAAAAUCAAAGUACCAAAAAUUCGUGAUUCUUCAGAUGAAGCUUUAACAACUCUGGCAUCCUUUCAUGAAUCUGGUACCAUUGGUGUCAUUGUCCUCCCUGCCGUAAGUGGAGAUGUGAAAUGUUUUGACGUGUGGAUGAUGAAAGAUCAUUCAGAUGAAGGUUCUUGGAUGAAGCGAUACUUGGUUCGACACAAGGAAGUUCUUUGUAAGGUAUUGGGGUUUUUUGGAAGCCAUUGUUCUGUUUGGAAUGACGACAGUGAAGGAUUAAAGCCUAGCUCGCAACAAAUAAAGGAUCUUCAGAUUUAUGGAAAGUGUGAGGGGUUAAGAGCUAUGAAAUACAUGGAAAGCCUUGUUUCACUCCACAGGGGAAAUGAGUUUAGUGGCCAGCUUGGUUCAUGUACCUCGGUUCCAGACCCACUACCAAAUCAACGAAGGAAUUUCAUUGUUUUCUUGUCAUAGAAGAUGAAGACAAUCCUGAAAAUAUAAUGAUACAAUGGUUAUGUUGUAAUAAUUACUCAAGGAGUAAUAAUUACAUAGUGUUCCAAAAUGACAAA